UUAAGCUUCACCUCAAGUGCUGUCCUCCCUGUCACCACUGGCACUGGCUCGUUGCUCUGCGGCCGAGCCGAGCAUAUCACCCUCACCUCUACUCCGUCACAUGUGUGCACCCAGUCGACAUACACGUCAAAGGCCCAGCUGAGGACGAUCAACCCCUGGUCUACCAGUUGACCGGAUCUCGCUUGAAAGAGAUCAGCGGAUCCCUGGACUGUGCGCCCAGCAAAAUUGGCAAGCACCGCCUUGGAGUGGGGACGACAAGCCCGCCCGACAACAGGCCAGCAUCACCUUCAAAUUUACCCCUGACCUGACCCGUUGUACGUUUGACCGCCCGACUCCAGCCGGUCAUACAAACACCACCACCGGCCGACACCUGACGCAUAUACUCACCUCACCUCACAUCUACACUCACACCCACUCCCACUCAGGUCACUCAUUCAUCCAACCUCACCCGUCACCGGCACAUCACCAGAUCCAUCCACCAUGGCGAACCUCGACGGCAUUGACGAGCAGAGCCUCGACUGGCUGCGAUGCUUCGACACCAUGUUCAUCAUCGACGACUCGGCCGCCAUGGCACCGUACUGGAAGGACGUGCAACACCUCAUCGAGAAGGUUGCUCCCAUCUGUGCUCAGCACGAUCCCGACGGGAUCGACCUCUACUUCGUUAACCACAAGCCCGGCGGACUUCUCGGCCAGUUCAAGUCCAUCCGGAAGACGGGUUACACCCGCAUCGGUGGCUUCGUCGGAGGCAUGCUGCUCACGGAGAAGGGCAAGGAGGUCAGCUCCAUCUUCACCGAGAAGGUCAAGCCCGCUGGCAAGUGCAACAUCGGCGCGCGUCUCGGCAAGCUGCUGGAGUGGUACAUUGAGAAGUUCAAGGCGGGCGAGGAGAGCGCGGCGCUGAACCUGAUCGUGCUGACGGCGGGCGCCUUCGACGACGACAUCAAGACGCCCAUCGUCAACAUCGCGCGCGAGCUGGACGCCGCCAACGCGCCCCCGCACCAGGUCGGCAUCCAGCUGUUCCGCCUGGGCGGCCCCAACAUGGAGCGCCAGAAGACCUUUGACUACCUUGACGACGAGCUCUACAAGGAGGCCAAGGUCCGCGACAUCGUCGACACCGUCACCUACAAGGGCGCCGGCGGCGGCGACCUGUCCGGCGACGAGCUGCUCAAGGUCGUCCUGGGCGCCGUCGUCAAGAAGCUCGACACGAGGAGCUCCGAGCUGCGCCUGCAGGGCGGCGCCCAGGUGCUGAGGGCCGAGAGGGACUAGGGCGUCUGGCAUUGAUGCGGCGGGAGUCUGCGGGGCACGGUUGUGCUCCCUUGGGUUGAAGCGGUAUUUUGGUAAAAUCUUGUGCCAUACUAUCAAGACUCUGAACCCUGUUACUGAGGUCAUUUUGCAACUCUCGAUGAAUGUUAGCCAGGACCGACAUGUGAACCAGAGCGACCAGUCAAACUUGACGGUGGCUGGCCUGCUCGCUUGCACUAUCCUUCGCCUCCGUGAAAGAAUCCGUUAAACAGUCACUUUUUGGCGUGUCCUGGUCGUGAAUCAGUCGGCAUUGGUAGCAAGGACCAGGUGACCGCUUGCAUGCGUAUUGUUAUGCUAGCCCAAUUCAGUGUGUAUAGGACGGAAAGCAACACGUGGCAGGAUUAAAGACCGGUGUGUUAGAUUUGUGAAGUCUCGUGCAUCAUAUGAAGAAAAAGACCAUGAUGAUGGUUUGCAUAUCCAGUCAGGAAGCUGAGUAUAAUACGAUGUCUCAUACAAAG